AAUCCUGAAUUGUCCAAUAAUGAAAAUUAACUCAUAUUAGAUUGUUUUACUGUAAUUCUUUGAUACGGUAAAGAGAUGAUUCGGUCUCACACUAAAAGUGUAUUCAGUCAAGAGUUUAUCCCACUCUAGAGAAGCUGAAAUCCCGCUCAACCUACUGCCGUUCUGCUCCCCGUCUAGUUCAAAGAGCGAUCAUCUCUACGCAGCCAAGAGGAAAACACAGAUGCCAGCAGUCUCAACUGGGCUGAAGCCGUGGAAUAGGGGCCCCAGUAGAGCCCGAUUGAGGUUAAUAUGGACACGACCACCAUGUGCGUGGACCACUUAGUCGUCACCGAUCAGAUAAACGAAACGAAGGCCGUGGUCUCAAAUUUAUUGCAGGCGACCCCGGACGCUGGCCAGGUUUAUAUUGUCAGCCUCUUCCUCUCCAGCAUGUACAUCAUCUUCCUGUUCCCGGUCGGCUUCCUCGGGAACCUCCUGAUCCUAGUGGUCAACCUGAGCCACAAGGGCCACUUGACAUCCCCGGACGUCUACUUUGUGAACCUGGCGGCGGCAGACCUCUUCCUCGUGGGCGACUCCCUGAUCGAGGUGUUCAACCUGAGGCAGGGCUACUACAACAAGCCCGGCCUCUGCACCUUGAUGAAGCUCUUCCAGCAGGUCAACAUGUACAGCAGCGUCUUCUUCUUGACGUGGAUGAGCAUCGACCGCUUCGUGGCCCUGACGGGCUCGAUCGGGCGCCGGAUGCCGCACGCGCGCCUCAGCUGCUGCAUCAUCUGGGUGUGCUCGUCCCUGCUCACCGUGCUGCCCUUCGUCGCGGCGCAGAGGCAGCACGUCGGAGAGCUCCACUUCUGCUUCGCCGACGUCACCCAGAUUCAGUGGCUGGAGGUCAUGCUGGGCUUCGUGCUGCCUUUCUGCGUCCUGGGCGUGUGCUACUUCAGAAUAGCGCGCGUGCUCCAGCGGAGCCAGAGGGGGCGAGAAGGCCUGCCCGGCAGGCAGAAGGCCCUGCGGAUGAUCUCGGCGGCCGUGGUGGUCUUCUUCCUCUGCUGGCUCCCGGAGAACGUGUUUGUGAGUUUCCACCUCCUAAGCGGCGACACGUACCGCGCCAGCGUGUGGCAGGACUACCCCCUGACAGGCCACGCCGUCAGGCUGGCGGCCUUCUCCAACAGUUGCCUGAACCCGCUCAUCUACAGCUUCCUUGGGGAGACUUUUCAGGAGAAACUGAGGACCCGGUGGACCAAGCAGCACAGGUCGGCCUCGGGAAAAUCCUUCUCUGCACCAGUUGCAAACACGGGUGGCCAUGCGAAAUGCAACAGGCCAAGCUACGCCACGCAUUUAACGCCCCACGACCCUUCCUCAAACGGAUGA